GGUUGCAGACUGCAGCACAUCGGGAGGAGUCAUCAUGACGUAGAAUUGACCUAAAGGCGAGUAAGCAAAAUGCCGAUUCACGAAAUGACGGUAGAUUUUAUUCUGUACGCUUUACAGCGCCACUCACCUGCCCCUUGUGUGAUUGUCGGGUCAGCGGUGGUUUGCACUGACACGGCUGUGGCUGUCCCGUCACCGACGGUAGCGGCAGGAAAGUACGCAAAACGCGUCUCUCCUCCGACCGUCUCCCCGACCGGACUUCCCCCGUUACUGAAAGGAUUCUGGAUUACAGCCUGGAUGAAAAUGAAUGAAGGAGUAUUACAGAAUGUAUAAUCGUCAGACCGCAGAGCAGAAGGAGAGAGACGUAGAGGAACAGCCAUCUCCAGGGACUGCCAAACCUUUGAGGCCAACCUCUCGCUUCUUCACUCCUCCCAUUUCAUUCUUUCCAAUGGGCACUUGGUUAUAUCUGUACAGUACACACACAGCAACAGGCUGAACUUAUCUGGUGAUCACCAAGGAAUCCUUCCAUUCUUCAAAAAGCUUGAGAAAGAUGGCAACCCCAAAAAACACACCUCGUGGUGCCAACACCCCACUUUCCCCCAACCGCAUCACCCGUCUCCAAGAGAAGGAAGACCUCUGCAACCUCAACGAUCGGCUGGCCGUCUACAUCGAUAAAGUCCGUUCCCUGGAAUCGGAGAACGCCGGGCUGCGUCUGCGCAUCACCGAGUCAGAGACGGAGGUGUCGCGUGAGCUGACGGGGCUGAAGGCCGCCUAUGAGGCGGAGUUGGCCGACGCUCGGAAGACUUUGGAUUCGGUGGCUAAAGAGCGAGCCAGACUGCAGCUUGAAGUGGGAAAACUAAGGGAGGAAUUCAAGGAGCUGAAAGCCAGGAACACCAAGAAAGAAUCGGAUUUGGCGACAGCGCUGCAAAGACUCAAAGAUUUGGAGGCCUUGCUGAACUCCAAGGAUGCGUCUCUGUCUACUGCCAUAGGAGAAAAACGCAGUCUGGACACCGAAAAUAGAGACCUGAAGACGCAGCUUGCAAAGCUGGAAACAAGCCUGGGUGAUGCAAGAAAGCAACUCCAGGAUGAGAUGCUUAGGAGAGUGGAUGGAGAGAAUCGAAUUCAGACGCUGAAAGAGGAGCUGGAGUUCCAAAAGAAUCUUCAUUCUGAGGAGCUGCGCGAGGUGAAGCGGCGGCACGAGUCGCGCAUGGUGGAGUUGGACAACGGCCACCAACAAGACUUUGAAAGCAAAUUGGCGGAUGCUUUGAUGGAGAUGCGAAGCCAGCAUGAAUUGCAAGUCAAACUCUAUAAGGAGGAGCUGGAGAAGACCUAUAACACCAAGUUGGAAGGCGCGCGGCAGUCGGCGGACCGAAGCAGCCAUCUUGUGGGCGCGGCGCACGAGGAGCUCCAGCAGACACGCGUCCGGCUGGAGUCCGUGUCCGCGCAGUUGAGCCAGCUACAGAAACAGCUUGCAGCCCGUGACGCCAAAGUGAAGGACCUGGAAGAAGCUCUGUCCCGAGAGCGGGACACCAUGCGACGCCUUCUUGGAGAGAAGGACCGAGAAAUGGCCGAAAUACGACAACGGAUGCAGCAGCAGCUGGACGAAUACCAGGAGCUGAUGGACGUCAAGCUAGCUUUGGACAUGGAGAUUGGCGCUUACAGGAAGUUGUUGGAGGGCGAGGAGGAGAGGCUGCGUCUUUCUCCAAGCCCGCCGCCAACAAAGGCGGCAGGAAGUCGCUCCUCGAUGGCAUCAACUCAUUCCCGAUCCUUCAACUGCGGAGCUAACACCUCUCCUUUGAAGAGGAGGCGUCCCAACGACACGGACAGCGAGGCGUCCAGCUUCGCCGGAGGCGCCGUGGCAAGGACGCGCGUAACCCAGCAGGCGUCUGCUAGCGGACGGGUCACUGUGGAUGAAGUGGACCAGGAUGGGAAAUAUGUCCGACUCAGCAAUAAAGCAGAUGAGGAUCAAAAUUUGGGCAACUGGCAGGUGAAGCGCCAGGUUGGAUCUUCUGCACCCAUUGCAUUCAAGUUUCCCGCAAAGUUCACUCUAAAGGCCGGACAAAGAGUCACGAUCUGGGCGGCUGGUGCUGGAGGAACCCACAAUCCUCCCUCUGACCUAGUGUGGAAGACUCAGCCCAACUGGGGCAGCGGAGACCAGUUCCAGACCACCUUGAUCAGCGCUAAUGGAGAGGAAAUGGCCAUGAGGAAAGUGACUCGCACUCAUUUGGAAGAUGAUGAUGACGACAUGCAGGUGGCUCACAGCACGUGUGGGGACAGUGAGUACAAUUUGCGAAGUCGUACGGUCCUAUGCGGCUCUUGCGGCCUUCCCUCGGACAAACCCAACAGCUGCGGCGCUGUGUCGUCGGUGUCGCGCUCCUUCCGUAGCGGGGGCGUCUCGGAGGGUUUGUUGCCCCAUUCUUACGUGUUCACAAGCAGCACACCUCGCAAGGUGAAGACACUGAAGAUAACAGAAUCGUCAAAACUGGAGUGUUGGAUUAACUGCGUUUUUUUGUUGUUUUUUUUUUACAGAGUGGAACCCGAAUUGAGAACUGUCCAAUAAUGUGAACACCUGGAUAGUCAUUAAGUUGAUAUAUUUAGGGUGCUUUCAUAUCAUUUUUUACAUAUAGUUAGCAAAAUCGUUUAUGCUUAGCAUGUUUUUAGAAAUUUCCUGUAGGAACUGUAGUUGCAUACAGAAGUUGAACGUUUUUUACCUUUUAAAAUGGUGAAAAUAUUCAUUUUAAAACAUUACUUUUGUACUAUUCGUAUUGUAGGCCUGCUUAUAAGGUAAUGUGCUGUAUUACCGUUUUUUUUUUUUUUUUU